GUAAAAAAGCACAAACUGAAACGCCGUGGAAGCAAUGAAAAUUUCAGCUAACGUCAAGCAUCAACCCUCGGCCCUUAAAUCAUUUGAUGCACACAUGCCUUAAAACACACCAACAGGCAACUGAAUCACAAUUUGGUAUACAAUCAGCAAGCCAACACAGAAUAUAGAAGAAUCACUUUUGAUAUUUUUUCAUGAGCUCAUUGAAAUUGGAGCCAUGAGUUCUUCAGACUCUUCAAUCACACAGGACCGGGACCAGCCGGCGGCCGGCGGCAGCUCGGAGACGCUCCGCAGCGCGGCCACCGCCCGGCUGCUGGGCGCCGAGCCGGGCGCCGAGUUCGCCCAGUUCGUCGACACCACGCUGGCGCGCUACACCGAGCUCAACGACCAGCAGCAGACGGCCUUCCUGGAGAGUCUGAUCGCGCACAGCCAGCCGCGCCAGCGCUGGUACAUGCUGCACCGGCUGCCGUCGCUGCUGCUGCGCGACUUCCUCACACUGCUGCCGGCCGAGAUCGUCGAGCACAUGCUCUCGUACGUGGACGGCGCCAGCCUGCUGCGCUGCUGUCAGGUGUGCCACGCCUGGAACCGGAUCAUCUCCGGCCUGCCGGCGCUGUGGCGGCAAAAGUGCCACCUGCUGGGCACGCGGACCGACCUGGGCUCGAUCGACCUGGAGGCGGUCGGAGGGUGGAAGGAGCUGUUCCUCUGCACACAGCGGACUCUGUGGCGGAUGAAGACGCGGCAGGCGUUCGAGAAGGUGUCUCUGAAGCUGCCGGCUGAACACGGCGGUAAAGUGAUAGCGCUGGACCACCACGGCGAUCAGCUGGUGGCGGCCAGCGAGCUGUCGCAGCUGUUUGUCUGGCGACUCAGUGAGGAGCAGUGUGUGCUGACGUUUUCAGUGUUCCUCCACAUCUCGUGUCUCAAGUUCACACAGGGUAAGUUCGUUGUGUGCGGCCACUAUAACGGCCAGCUGUCGUCGUACGAUAUCUCGGACACGGCCGGCGACCCGGAGCGCGUCGAGAGGCUCCAGGAGCGGCUGCGGCGCGCCGCCUCUCCGGACGAGCCCGAGGAGCGCAGUGAGGCCGCCGCCCGGCUGCUGCGCCGCUUCUGGGUGCACAGCGGCCCCGUGUUCUGCCUCGACUACUCCGAGGAGCUGGAUAUUCUGGUGAGCGGCUCGGCGGACAACACGGUGAAGAUAUUCAGCCUCAGCUCGGGCCUGCUGCUCAACACACUGCCACGGCACAGCCACUGGGUGGUACGGGUACUCCUGAGGACGGGUCUGCAGCUGUCACCGGCCGCCGACGCGCCGCCCGGCCGGCUGCUCCUCACCAUGACCCGGGACGAGAUCCAGGUGUUUGAGGUGGAGAACUGUCCGCCGUGGCUGGGCGCCGAGCCGUUCAAGUCGCUGCGCACGCCGCGGCUGACUGUUCCACUGGCGGAGACCCAGCGGCCGCAGCCCGGCAUGCAUAUCCCGUUCUUCACUCCCGGCUGCCACCUACAUGGUGAUCUGGUGACGUUCGUGCGCCAGUCGCCGCCGACCAACAAUAAGAUAUCAACCGCCUCCAUCGUGCAGUACAGCCUGCGACAUCGCUCGCUUUCGACCCGUAUCGUGGUGAGCUUUAAGGUGAAGAAAUUGCUGGCCAUCGGGAGACGAUACGCCAUCCUGUUGGCGCCUUACGCCCAGGAGAGCUGCCCCAACCUCUACUUCGUCAACCUCAACACCAAGGAGGUGAUAGCCUCGGAGAAGGUGCCGCACUCUCGGCUGAGCACGCCCGACGCCGCGCAGCUGGCGAUGGGCGAGCUCGGCUGGCUGGACGGGUUCGACGGCGAGCCGCCCGAGGGCGGCCUGAUCGCCGCCAUGGGCACCGAGCUGAGCCGGGAGGUGUUUGUGCUGCGCUGGCGCCGCCGGUGA